AUGAGUGGACGAGUAAGAUCAAGAUCUAGAGGAAGGGGAGAUGGUCAAGAGUCUUCCGAUACGGUUGAACCUGUGGUUGCCCCAAAACUAGGUGGCAAAAAAUCUCAACAAAAGGAACCAACAACUGAGAAUGUGGAUGUUGAACCUGGACAAGAGAAAGAAGGAGGAACAUCUGUGGUUCAAGGUGCAAGCCAGGAAAUGGGUCUGGAAAAGACUAGGGGUGAGCACGGAGAUGACCCUGAUGUGAAGGGGAAGAUUCCACCUAAUCUAGUGCCUGCUAAAAUUCCAGAAGCAGGUGAUGGACAGUCAUAA